UCUUCUUCUCUCUGUGCAGCCAUGAAGCUAGUCCCUGGGGACAUCGCAAAACGGCUGGAGGAGAUGGUGUUGCUGACGUCCCAGAACCUGCCCCAGGUGGAAGUGGCCAGUAGUUACACCAUCCUCCGGGAACUGGGCAGUGGCUCUUACGGACAUGUCCUGAUGGCAGUCCACCAGCGCCAAGGGACCCCCAUGGCAUUGAAAUUUGUACAUAAAAAAGACACCGAGCUGCAAGAUUUCCUGAGCGAAUACUGCAUCGCACUGACCCUGGGGGCUCACCCUUGCAUCGCCACAGCCCUCGGCAUCGCCUUCCAGACCCCGCAACACUAUGUCUUUGCGCAGGAGCUGGCCUUGGCCAACGACCUUUUCUCACUCCUGGUGCCACAGGUUGGUGUGCCCGAGCAGCGGGUCAAGCGCUGUGCUCUUCAGUUGGCAAGUGCCUUGGAGUACAUGGAGACCAAGGGGUUGGUCCACCGUGAUGUCAAACCAGAGAAUGUGCUGUUGUGUGAUCGCGAGUGUCGGCGCAUCAAGCUGACCGACUUUGGGCUGAGCUGCCCACAGGGCCACCCCAUCGAGGCCUUGCCGGAGAGUUUGCCCUAUACUGCCCCUGAGCUGUGCGUCCUGGGCCCCGAGGCUCGUCUGGAGGCCCAGCCCAGCCUUGACACGUGGGCCCUGGGAGUGCUCCUCUUCUGUGCGCUCACGGGCUACUUCCCCUGGCUCACGGCCGUGCCCGCCGACCGGCAUUACCGCGGUUUCGCCGGCUGGCGCCGCAGCCCUCGCUUUGCACCGUGGCCGCCUCAUUGGGAGCGUUUCACGCCCCCAGCACUGGAGAUGCUGAAGGGGCUGUUGACGCCCAGCCCAUCUCACCGUAGCCCUGCCAAGGAGGUGAUGAAUUAUAUCAAAGCUCCUUGGUUGCUGCCGGAGACCCUGAGCCGGACCCGACCCAUCAGGGACCAUCUUUUGGGCACUAGCCGGCGGUGCUGA